GGGGGAAGAAGAUGAUCCAGGUAAUCAGUCACUAGUUCAGUAAAUAAAGGUCACUAUUGGGAACAACUUAGACUUGACACACAAUUCACGUCUUUUGCCAUAACACAGACCACGGGUAAGGCUUAGGACAUAUAGGCUGUUCAUGCCAGAAGGUAAAAAAAAUAAACAUCUUCUUCUUAUAUAGAAUCACAAAUGGUGUAGUGUAAGCUUGAAUUUCUAAUUUGUUUAGGCAAAAAUAAUUUUGAACAGAAUUGUUUGAAAUAUUGUGUUCACUAUCAUAUUUUGUCAAAACCUAAUUAACAUUGAAUUAUUUGUUGAAACCUGAUUUCGCUGUGAAUUAUUUGUCAAAAUUUAAUUUCACGGUGAACCAUAAGUUAACGUUUCAGAGCGAAUUAUAAUUCUAAAAAAUAAUACUAAAUAUGACAAUUUUAAUAUAAAAUUUUAAAAUGUCAAACAUUUAAACUCAAAGUGUCAUGAUAAUAAUAUCACUUUCGAUUUAGAUAUGUAUUUAUAUAUAAAUGAUGUGAGUUAUCAUAAUUUUUUUUUGGCUCGAAUCUAUAAAAACAUUGAUUUUCUAUAGCCUCUAAUCUAACUUCAAGAUUCAUAAGCCAUGAAACUUUAUGAUUAUUUUCAUAAUUUCUAAAUGUGAUAUUUCCAUGUCUAUAAGAAUCAAGGGAGCUCUGAGAGGUAGAUCUAGUACCGUAGCGUCAUCAUGUCUAGUUCUGAAGACGAAAGGAAGGCUCUCCUUUCAGAAGGGGCAAUUCUAGAAGCUCACCAUUACAUGGGCAAUGACGCAACAGCUGUGCCUGUCAGUGACCUGGACCAAAGUUUUGGCGAGAGAAAGGUAAUUACAAUGUUGAAAAACAGUCAUAUCUGAAAGUCAAAGUCAAAUGAAUGUGUCAGUAUGAGAACGUGUCGCUUCUUGUACUGUUUAUACCUUUCUAAAGCAAUGCUUCUCAAACUUUUAAGUAUGAUACACCAGUUGACAAGUUUCACAUUCUACCAGCGAGUGGUGCUAGAUUUAUUAUUUUAUUUUUAAAUUGACUUUAAAAACGUCAUAAAUAUUUGUUAAACUGUGAUCAGCCUUAUAAAAGGCAGGCCCGUUCUUAGGCAUACGCUGACUACACAUCCACGUUAGGCCCUGAACGAGAGAGGGCCCCCGUGAGGCGCCCUCGAUCCCCCGUUUUUAAAAAAAAACUUGCACUGCAGCCGUCUGUGUCACUCACGUUCCUCAUCCUGAAAUUUAUUAUUCUGAGUUGAAUUCGGAGGCAGGGGAAGGGAAGCAGCAGGGGAAGCUUUGGGGGUGGAAGACAGGAAAUCGGGGGCUUGGCCAUCGGAAUUGGAAAGUAUAAAUAGCGAUCGGACCCACCCUUCCUGGGCCCCCAACCUACGCUCCAUGCUUAGGGCCCCCAAACUCCUGAGAACAACUCUGCAAAAGGUCUAUCAACAGUUAGUCUACGUCAUACAAGCCGUAGUAAGUUCUUUUGAACGCAUUUAAAAGAAAAAUUACCCCCCCACCCCACUUAUUUUUUUCCAAAGCUCACAACCUCCCUUUGUUCACGCCCUUGAACUAUAUCCAUUUUUUAAUGCCCCACCCGCUUUCAAACCGCAGAUUUAGUGCACCAACUAUGUCAGAAGAACAAAAGAAAUUAACAAGAACCAACCGCACUUGUAAUAUUUUUUUUUUCUUCAGGAAUCUCAUCUAGCGCUGGGAAACCUGAUCUUCUGCAGGUUGGGUUAGGGGGUGGGGCUGAAAAUUUGAAAUAAUGGGUUGUCAUCGGCAACGAUUCUAUGUACCAAGUUUCAGCUUGAUAGGUUGUCAGCCACCCAGACAGUCGGUUUCCCACAAAAAAAAAAAGGAAGUUAAUAUAAAGGAGUUACUGUACCCAUUUUAUAACUAUUGUGAAAUGUGCUGUCCCAUUGACUAAAAAAUGGGAAAUAUUUUUUACAUUUGACAUGAAUUCUGACACAUGAGCUCUAAAAAUUAACAACCAUUGGUGAUUCCCAGCCCCGAGCUAGACACACGUCCAGACUUAGCGUGGCGUUUGAAGGCAGUGGACUGCACAACAUUUCCCUGGCCUGGAAGGACAUCUCAGUGUCCGUCACAGUUCCUGGGAAGAAGAGUAUCCUCAAACGGGAGUACACACCCCCCAUAGAGAAACGGAUCUUGACCAAUGGUCAGUGUUUUAUUGAUUAUUCCCCAUUGUCAAACCUAAGCAUACUUUAAGAUCUAUGACAUGACUAACAUUGGGUAAAGAGCAUAAUAACAUAAUCACAUGACAGCAGCACAUAACAGAACCACAUAACAGAACCACAUAACAGAACCACAUAACAGAACCACAUAACAGAACCACAUAACAGAACCACAUAACAGAACCACAUAACAGAACCACAUAACAGAACCACAUAACAGAACCACAUAACAGAACCACAUAACAGAACCACAUAACAGACAACAUAACAGAACCACAUAACAGAACCACAUAACAGAACCACACAACAGAACCGCACAACAGAACCGCACAACAGAACCGCAUAACAGAACCACAUAACAGAACCACAUAACAGAACCACAAAACAGAACCACAUAACAGAACCACAUUUCAGUAGGUACCGCUCUUUUUUUAAAACAAAACUGCAUUCAAUUCAAAAAUUGUAUAGCACAUGUGUAACAAAUGUACAACACGUUUAUAGCACAUGUAUAACAAAUGCACAACAAGUUUAUAGCACAUGUAUAACAAAUGUACAACAAGUUUAUAGCACAUGAAUUACAAAUGUACAACAAGUUUAUAGCACAUGUAUAACAAAUGUACAACAAGUUUAUAGCACAUGUAUAGCAAAUGUACAACAAGUUUAUAGCACAUGUAUAAGAAAUGUACAACAAGUUUAUAGCACAUGUAUAACAAAUGUACAACAAGUUUAUAGCACAUGUAUAACAAAUGUACAACAAGUUUAUAGCAAUUGUAUAACAAAUGUGCAACAAGUUUAUAGCAAUUGUAUAACAAAUGCAUAAAUAUGUGCACUUGAAAGCUUGAGGUCUAAAUCUUUAUACCACUUUUAGUGUCAGGAGUUGCUGCACCUGGAUGUCUGUUGGCGAUAAUGGGAGCCAGGUGAGUUGAAGGGAUUUUGUCAGGUGAUAGGGGCUGUUUACAAAGCAUUUUUCAUACUGUUUUGGAGAAAUGAGGCCGUAUAUUCAGACAAAUUCAUAUAAUAAUGUUGUUUCUACGUUUAAAAACUUUUGUCUUGUGUGUAAUGUCUAGGACAUGUCAAACAAUCUUGACCUGAGUGAAUUUAAUAAAUAUUUGAGGAUCCGGUUUCUAUAGUUAUGUGAAUGAUAAGAUUGUCCUAUCUUGAAUGAUUAGAUUAUUAUAUUUUGAAUGAAAAGAUAGUUCUAUCUUGAAGUGCUCACCAUCUACAGUGGCUCAGGAAAGUCUACGCUGCUAAAUGUCCUGACAGCAAGGAACACAAAGUCCUACAACAUACAAGGGGAGGUCAUGCUCAAUGGUGUAUCGGUAAAACCUUUUCAACCAUGUCUUUGAACAAAACACUUCUAAUGAAAUUUUGUGACCUAAAAUUACUAUCGAAUUUUGUGACCUGACAUUGAAAUUUGAGAACUGUAAAUUCUAUCAAAAGUUGAGACCAGACAAUGAUAUUGAAAUUUUGAGACCAGACAAUGAUAUUGAAAUUUUGAGACCAGACAAUGAUAUUGAAAUUUUGAGACUAGACAAUGAUAUUGAAAUUUUGAGACUAGACGACGAUGUUAAAAUUUUAAGACCAGACAAUGAUAUUCAAAUUUUAAAACUGGAUAACGAUAUUGAAAUUUUGAGACCAGCCAAUGAUUUUGAAAUUUUAAAACUGGACAAUGAUAUUGAAAUUCUAGAAAAUACAUAUCUUUUGCUACUUUAAAGCAGGGAGUCUCAAUCUCAAAUCAUCUGGGGGCCGCAUGAGGUAGAGUCUGAGUGAGACUUGGCCGCAAAAAGCAUUCCAAAAUCAAUAAAGUAUAAACUGUUACAAUGUGCUAUACCAUUAUUAAUAACAAAUACAAUCAUAAAGGGUUCUCAAGAAUUCAGCUUCACUUUCUUCCCCCCCCCCCUCCUUGUUGCCAGAGACCUGGCAGUGCUUCUUCUUACACAGCUGAGAAAAAUUUGGUUUGAGUAAGGAAGCAACGGAGGCCCUCGGUAUAACUUGAAGAUGCUCAUAAGUAUGUUUGGCCUUGAUCUUUGCCUAGUUAAAGUUCAUAAUGGAAAAGAGCUUUUCACACAGAUAGGUACUCCCCGAAAAUUCACAUGAACCUGGAAAUCUCAGUGAAUGUGGAGGACAAUGGUCUCAUAAAUUGACCAGGCUUGUCUCGUUUUCCACUCACCUCCCUGAACUUAAAAUUGCACUGAAGAUCAAUCAGCUCUACACUGAAGAUCAAAAAGGUGUUGGGGGCAUCUUCUAAAUUAAAGAGAAAGGGUAAGCAAAAAGUUCAAAAAGGUGUUGGGGGCAUCUUCUAAAUUAAAGAGAAAGGGUAAGCAAAAAGUUCAAAAAGGUGUUGGGGGCAUCUUCUAAAUUAAAGAGAAAAGGUAAGCAAAAAGUUCAAAAAGGUGUUGGGGGCAUCUUCUAAAUUAAAGAGAAAGGGUAAGCAAAAAGUUCAAAAAGGUGUUGGGGGCAUCUUCUAAAUUAAAAAGAAAAGGUAAGCAAAAAGUUCAAAAAGGUGUUGGGGGCAUCUUCUAAAUUAAAGAGAAAGGGUAAGCAAAAAGAUCAAAAAGGUGUUGGGGGCAUCUUCUAAAUUAAAGAGAAAAGGUAAGCAAAAAGAUCAAAAAGGUGUUGGGGGCAUCUUCUAAAUUAAAAAGAAAAGGUAAGCAAAAAGUUGAAAAGUGGCUGUGUGUGUUUUGAAGUCUUAAAACAUGUGACAGAAUUCUUGCUGUAGCUUUGCAAUGGCAUCAGUAGGUACAACAAAAUGGUGUGCCCGAGUCCAUGAGUGCUUUCAAUGUUGGGCAAUGGCUUAGGUUUCUUUAAUGAACCAUAACACAAGUUUUGUGCGUACUGCCCUGACAUUGUCAUAGGAAACAAUGACAAGCUAUCCCCUGGCCUGGAAACUGCUUAUUAAAUACAUUCAGCUCCUGUGUAAUGUCAACAAGAAAAGCCAAAUCCAUGAGCCAUUUGGGAUCACUUGGUAUAGGAGCAACCACCCCAUCUUUCUCCAUGAAGGCUGUAAAUUCUAAAACCUGUUCAAACAGUAGACAGUAGCAGGCAAUAUGUAUGAAGUAUUGAUGUGAAGGAAGAUGCUAUUGUAGGGAGAAUGACUUUUGAUUUUUUUUUUUAAUCGUAGAAAAGGCCUUUUUGACUAACCCCAUUAAAAAGUGACCAAGCUGACAGGCUCGGAAUUUCUCUCACUCGUAAACACUAGCAGCAAUUUGAAUAGGCAUUCUUUGAUACUGUGUCAGAUUGCUACGAUUUACACACUUAUAGUUGUGCAUUUUCCACUAACUGAUUAUUUAACUUUUCUCAAAACCGCACUUUGGCCAUGUUUGUCUCAUAAAAUACUAUAUAGUAAAAACGUUUAGUCCGAUUUUAAAAUGGUUUUUACCAUUAUAACCAAACUCCAAAUCUAUACAAACAUAAUAAAAUCAGAAUUAGACUAGUCGGUGAGGUUCGACUGAAACCGCCACAGAUGGUCACAUUAUAGAUAUAAGAAUGGGGAAAACGCGCGGGCCUCAUUCACACUAAACUUUGCCGUCAUGUGGAGGGCCGCAAAAUAUCGUAUUGCGGGCCGCAAAUGAACCAUGGGCCGCGAGUUUGAGACCCCUGCUUUAAAGUGUCCUUUCCUUUAGAAUUUAAUAUACCACAUCAAAUAUCUCCACAAUUUGCUCACAAGCAAAUAUACUCAAAUAUAGCUAGACGCAAUUAUCUCAUUUAAAGCUCAUGUGUAUGUGUGUUACCAAUGACAAUAUGGAACUUAAACAAAGCCAACGUUAAAUUUGAGAUGUUUUAGGAUGAUGUUUUAGGAUGUGAACAUCCCUGAACGUCUCUUUUGGCGCUACCCAUUCAAAAGGCUUCUCGAUAGUGUUCACUGUGACAUCACAGUGUAAACCAUUGAAGAUAUUUACAUUACAUGUUACCAGCCAAUUAGAACCCAUUAAUUGAACGUGUUGAGUUGAAUCUGUACCAUCUCAGGUGAGCAAUGGAAUGAGAAACAUCUCGGCGUACGUCCAGCAGAGUGACCUUUUCAUCCACACCUUGACUGUCCGGGAACAGUUGCAGUUUAGGGUAAUGAUGCUACGUCACAGCGAGUAUUGAUGACUUUCAAUGCUACCGCUAACAUAAUGAUGUUAAGUACAUCACAAGAAAUAUCAUUGAUGAAUUUCAUUGUUAUUCCUAAAAAAAAUUGGCUAGUUAUGAUUAUAGCAAUGUAUGUAAACAAUCUGAAAUAUAACAAUGUUUAAACUAGUAGGCGUAUAUACAGCAUCAAGAUUUAAUUUAAAAUUGUCAUAUAUUGUAAAACUAUGAGUCUUAUCGUAAUAGACGAUUAAAUUUGACCAGGCACUCCUGAGGAUGGACAAAAAACUGGACAAAAGGGCGAGACUCGCCAGGGUGGAAGAGGUCAUAACUGAGGUAGGUCUUAUAGAUAGACUUUCCAAUUCACAGUUUGGUUUUUGCUGAACGACUUAUAUCUAGAUCUAUAGCCAGGCUUCUAUGACUUAACAACUGGAUGACUGAACAUAUGUACACCAGUUAGUGAACCAGAAUUAAAGCCUUGUGCCUGACUGCCAGAGUGCCUAAGUACCUGAAUGCCCGAGUGUCUGAGUUCCAGAGUCCCUGAAUGACAGAGUGUCUGUAUUCCAGAGUGCUUGCAUGCCAGAGUGUCUGAGUACCAGAGUGUCAGAGUGUUUGAAUGCUAGAGUGUCUGAGUACCAGAGUGUCAGAAUUCUAGAGUGUCAGAGAGCCAGCAUGCCUGAGUGCAUGUGUGCCACAAUGUCAGAGUGCCUGUGUACCAGAGUGCCUGUGUUAAUUAUCUUAUUGUUUUAUAGAUGGGCCUGCAAGGAUGCGCCAACUCUCGUAUCGGAGCCGCCCAUGGGACAAAGAAAGGAAUUUCUGGAGGAGAAAGAAAGAGGCUCUCAUUUGCAUCAGAGGCGUUAACCAACCCACCCAUUUUCUUCUGUGAUGAGCCGACAUCGAGUCUUGAUACAUUUAUGGCACAGAGCAUUGUACACACCUUGCAGGUAAAAAUGUUAUUAUAUCUUCUUGGUACAGAGAAUUGUGCACACCUUGCAGGUAAAAAUGUUAUUAUAUCUUCUUGGUACAGAGCAUUGUGCACACCUUGCAGGUAAAAAGGUUAUUAUAUCUUCUUGGUACAGAGCAUUGUGCACACAUCGCAGUUUGUUUUAUUAUAUCUCCACAGUAAAGAGUAUUGUCAACAUCUUGAAGUUAAAAAUUUACUAUCCACCUUCAUAUUAAACAUUAAUAUCACAUAACAUUGUCUCAUAACAUUUUCACAUAAACAUAGUCACAUAACAUUGUCACAUAACAUAGUCACAUAACUUUGUUACAUAACAUUGUCACAUAACAUUGUCACAUAACAUUGUCACAUAACAUUUUCACAUAACAUUGUCACAUAACUUUGUCACAUAACAUUGUCACAUAACAUUGUCACAUAACAUUGUCACAUAACAUUUUCACAUAACAUUGUCACAUAACUUUGUCACAUAACAUCUUCAAAACUUGCAGGUGUGAAGUCAUCUAAUCUAGUUUAAUUUUUUUUAAAUGGAUUUAAUAAUAUAUUUAAUCUUCUAUUCUAGUUACUUGAAAACAAAAUAUUAUAGACAUAUACUUUAUGUAUUUUUUUCUGAAUACAAUAUGUCGUGUGUCAUGUACUUCCCAUAUAUUCCUAUGUCAAGCUGCAGUAACAGUGAAACUAACAAAAUGUUAGAUUAGCGUUUGAAACAUUCACCCAAAAAAAAAAAAACCCAACAAAAAAGAGACAUUUCAGUUUAACAAGGCCUAUCGAUAAAUGUGAGACCUGCUGAUAUGAACAUUUCAAUAUUCCUCUCGUAGAAAAUGGCGUCCAGGGGUAGAGUGAUACUAUGCACCAUACAUCAGCCGUCAUCGGAACUAUUUGCUUUAUUCACCCAGUGAGUGGUUUUAAGUAACUUUCGUACGACCAGUGAGUAUUUUAAAGUAAUUUUUGCACAAGUAGGUACUUUUUGGUAGUUUUUGAGCAAGAACAAAACUGUAUGCGAUUUGUUACACAAAUGAAUAAACUUCAAGCUAUAAAACAUAUUUAGUUAUUUCAAAAAAUAAACCACUAUUAAAUAAUUAUGUUUGAACUAUUUAAAAAACAUGAUUCCACCACAAUUUUCAGAGUACUCUUACUGUCUGAGGGGCGGGUAGCUUUCAUGGGUACGUCGCAGGAAUGUAUCGAGUUCUUCAACAGGUGAGCAGUAGAAAGAUAGAAGGAGAACCGGGACAUGCCAUAUUUUUAAUGAUAAUACAACCGCUAGAUUAUUAGUUUACGGAAAAUGAAUUGUAAUCAUUUUAGAUUCUUGUUAAAAUGAGAUUGCAGUGGACCUCAUAAUUAGAAUUUCCUUCAUUUGAUAUUAAGCUGAGCUUAAAUUGUAAGCUCGUUUGGUAUAAACAUUAUAAUAUUUGUAGUAUUUAGUAUACCAAAAGGAAGAUAAGGAGAAGAGAGAGUGAAUCAUUUUCACCUUAAAAUAAUUACACAUUUAUGUAUCUCCUUUUAUUGAGGCAACACUUCACAUGCCCUCCGAACUUUAACCCGAGUGAUCACUACAUUCUGACACUGGCCAUUGUGCCUGGGAAGGAAGAAGAGGCAAGAACAAGAACUAAAGUAAGACACAGAUAAUCAUGACAUUGGACAUAGGAUAAAUUAUAAUCUGAAAUCACAUGAACAUAAGUAGUAUUGGAUUUGCCUGUGCAACGUUAUACAAACGCAAUUCAAACGUCAUACAAACGUCAUACAAACGUCACACAAACGUCAUGCAAACGUCACACAAACGUCAUACAAACUUCAUACAAAUUUUAUGCAAACUUCACACACACUUCAUACAAACUUCAUACAAAUGCCAUUCAAACGUCAUACAAAUGUCACACAAACGUCAUACAAACGUCACACACGUCAAGUCUAGAACUAAAUUCUCUUAUUAACAUUGUAUUGCUAUUAUUGCAGGCCAUCUGUGAUGGAUUCAGUGAGAGCCACCAGGCCAGAUAUAUUGACCAACAGAUUGAGACACAGAAACGUGGAGUAGACUUUUCAGAUCAUAUUUUGGUACGUGGACCUGAUGGGAGAUGUUGCUGUAUGGAUUUUUUGGGAGACAGUCAUAUGUGGACAUUUUGGGAUAUAGCUGCAUGUGGGCAUUGGGGGAGACAGUCGUAUGGGGACACAUUUUUUAAAGGUAGGGGUAUGUGGACAAAUUAGGAGAUGGAGGAAUGUGGACAUUUUGAGAUUUUAGUGGUAUGUGGACAUAUUGAAAAAUAUUGGUAUGUGAACAAUACGAGGUUCUGUUUUGUGAACACUUUGGCAGAUCAUUUCAUUACAGUGUUCUUGUUUACAAAACUAUAUCUGAUAGCAUUAUCGUUCUACAGCAGUGAAUUAGGACCGGUUAUCGUUGCAAAAUAGCAUUGUGAAACCAGUCUCAAUGAGACAAGCACUAACCCACCCAUUUUUUUUCUUAUUGGGUAGCACCUUUGAGCAAUGGUAUCGAAUAUAGCCAUAAUUUAAAAUCACCAGGAUCGUCAAACUGGUGAAUUGAUAUUACCCAGUAACUGUAUAGUUAAACCAGUGAAUCGAUAUAACCCAGUAACUGUAUAGUUAAACCAGUGAAUCGAUAUAACCCAGUAACUGUAUAGUUAAACCAGUGAAUCGAUACACACUAGCGUAGAAACGUUUUACAGAUUAAAAUCGUAAAAAUGUUGUUUCAACCUGAUUUUAAAAAAAAACGAACCAAAAAAACCAACAAACAACCUUACUUGACAGUACAAGAGAUUAGCAGAUGUUUAUACAGAACUUGAACUUCAAAAGGAACGGUUGAGGCGACAACACUAGACACAUUUGUGUCUUUUGCCUCAAGCCUUCAAACCCCUAGUGCAUGAUUCCGUCACAAAGUGGCACUGGAAAUCACUGAAAUUUCCUCAUCAACACCAGGAACAGAAACAUUGCAAAUCUCAUCUAUAUGCAUAGGAGCCAAAAUGAUCAAUAAAUUGAUCGUGAGCACUUAAGAUAUAGAAGAAGAAGAAAUCUAAAAUUAAUUUAAAUGAAAUUAUCAUUUUAUUCGAUUUCAGUUAAACGAAGUGACUGGUGAAUCUAGGUAAGUCAAUGAACUUUGAAACAGUAAAGCAGGACGGGUCCAAAUAGCAGUGCAGAGAGCAUGUACCAUAAUUUUUGGUAGUUAGAGAUUAAAAAAAAAAAUAACUUCAUCAUUUGUACGUAGUUGUUGGUCUAUAAUUUACUAAAAAAAUUGUUUAUCAGCCUGUUGGUAUUUAUUGGUGUAUGAUUUGCUUUAUGGUAGAUAUAAUUUGAAUCUUUUUAAAAAUACACUAGGUAUUCGUCUUCCAUCGUGUCUCAAUUUACGAAUUUGUUCUGGAGAUCUUGGACCUCUCAAUACAGAGACGAUAUGCUGUUUGGUGUCAGGAUCAUGCAGACUGUGGUAGGUCAUUGGCAGACAUGCAAACUGUGGUAGGUCAUUGACAGGCAUGCAAACUGUGAUAGGUCAAUGACAGGCAGGCAAACUGUGAUAGGUCAUUGACAGACAUGCAAACUGUGGUAGGUCAUUGACAGACAUGAAAACUGUGGUAGGUCAUUUGCAGACAUGCAAACUGUGGUAGGUCAUUGACGGAUGUGGAAACAAGGGUAGAUCAUUUACAGACAUGCAAAUUGUGGUAGGUCAUUGACGGAUAUGGAAACUGUGGUAGGUAAUUUACAGACAUGCAAAUUGUGGUAGGUCAUUGACGGAUGUGGAAACUGUGGUAGGUCAUUUACAGACAUGCAAACUGUGGUAGGUCAUUUACAGACAUGCAAACUGUGGUAGGUCAUUAACAGACAUGCAAAUUGUGGUAGGUCAUUUACAGACAUGCAAACUGUGGUAGGUCAUUGACAGACAUGCAAACUGUGGUUGGUCAUUGACGGAUGUGGAAACUGAGGUAGGUCAUUGACGGAUGUGGAAACUGUGGUAGGUCAUUUAAAGACAUGCAAACUGUGGUAGGUCAUUGACAGACAUUCAAACUGUGGUAGGUCAUUUACAGACCAGCAAACUGUUGUGGGUCAUGGACAGAAAUGCAAACUGUGGAAGGUCAUUAACAUACAUGCAAACUGUGGUAGAUGGUUUGAUAUAACAUAAAAGUACACCUGGAUCUUGCAGGUAUUGAAUGUAAAUGUAUUUAUAAAGUUUCAGUGUUAACUGAUUAAAUAUAACUUGUGUUAAAUAAAAAGAGAUAUAUCAACUUAAAUAAAAGGACAAUCACACAGGUGAUGGCGUUGGUUCUGGGCCUGGUGUAUCUCCAGUUGGACGUUGACCAGAAGGGCGUCAUGAACAUCAACGGAGCCCUCUUCCUGUUGGUGACCAACACCUCAUUCACCAACAUGUUCGCCGUCUUGUCGGUAGGUUCAAGAGAUCCCAUUUCGUGAGAACUCUCGAUAAGAUGACUUAAGGGUGGGAUAAAAUGAAGCUGUCAUUGGCGAGCCAUUCAAAGAUGUUUAAUUGGAUAAAAAGAAAUCAAGAUGUUAAGUUCCAUUUGGACAACAGUGUUUUUGCCCCUGUUUUAGUAUAUUUACAGUAACACUGAGAUCAAGCUACAAGUGCGCCAUUUAGUCGGUGAAAAAAUGGAAAAAAGUAACCGCCCCCCCCUCACACACACACACACACAUUGAUCAAUGAAAUUGUGGCAAUAUCCUCAUAACAACAAACUACGGCCAAGGGAAAUACCCCUUAGCCCCCACCCCGGACACGGCCCUGGUGGUGCCUGCUCCCAUGUAAGACACGCAGUACGUGACAAAUGUAUAAGAAAUCAUAACAUGAAAAAAAAGUCCAUACCACAAAGGUUGUAAUACAACUUUUACCACAAAGGUUGUAAUACAACUUUUACCACAAAUGUUGUAAUACAACUUUUACCACAAAGGUUGUAAUACAACUUUUACCACAAAGGUUGUAAUACAACUUUUACCACAAAGGUUGUAAUACAACUUUUACCACAAAGGUUGUAAUACAACUUUUAUCACAAAGGUUGUAAUACAACUUUUACCACAAAGGUUGUAAUACAACUUUUACCACAAAGGUUGUAAUACAACUUUUACCACAAAGGUUGUAAUACAACUUUUACCACAAAGGUUGUAAUACAACUUUUACCACAAAGGUUGUAAUACAACGUUUACCACAAAGGUUGUAAUACAACUUUUACCACAAAGGUUGUAAUACAACUUUUACCACAAAGGUUGUAAUACAACGUUUACCACAAAGGUUGUAAUACAACGUUUACCACAAAGGUUGUAAUACAACUUUUACCACAAAGGUUGUAAUACAACUUUUACCACAAAGGCUGUAAUACAACUUUUACCACAAAGGCUGUAAUACAACUUUUACCACAAAGGCUGUAAUACAACUUUUACCACAUAGGCUGUAAUACAACUUUUACCACAAAGGCUGUAAUACAACUUUUACCACAAAGGUUGUAAUACAACUUUUACCACAAAGGUUGUAAUACAACUUUUACCACAAAGGUUGUAAUACAACUUUUACCACAAAUGUUGUAAUACAACUUUUAAAUGAUUUUGUUUGGUUCUCUAAGUUAGGCAAAAUUCGAACUCUCUAAUCUGCAGUCUUUCCCCGAAGAGAUGGGUAUAGUCAUGAGAGAGUACGGUACUGGCUUGUACAGAAUAGAUCUUUAUUUCAUCACAAAGACAGUGUCAGAGGUGAGAUGUUAGUUAGUACGGUACUAGCUUGUACAGAAUAGAUCUUUAUUUCAUCACAAAGACAGUGUCAGAGGUGAGAUGUUUGUGUUAACUGGCUUGUACAGCAUAAAUCUUUAUUACUUAAAAAAGACAGUUUCAAAGUUGAGAUUGGUAGUGUGGUGCUGGAUUGUACAGAAUAAAUCCUUAUUACAUCACAAAGACAGUGUCAGAGGUGAGAUGUUAGUACGGUACUGGCUUGCAUAGGAUAGAUCUAUAUUACAUCACAAAGACAGUAUAGGAUAGAUCUAUAUUACAUCACAAAGACAGUAUCAGAGGUGAGAUGUUAGUGUGGUACUGGCUAUUACAGGAUAGAUCUAUAUUACAUCACAAAGACAGUAUCAGAGGUGAGAUGUUAGUGUGGUACUGGCUAUUACAGGAUAGAUCUAUAUUACAUCACAAAGACAGUAUCAGAGGUGAGAUGUUAGUGUGGUACUGGCUAUUACAGGAUAGAUCUAUAUUACAUCACAAAGACAGUAUCAGAGGUGAGAUGUUAGUGUGGUACUGGCUAUUACAGGAUAGAUCUAUAUUACAUCACAAAGACAGUAUCAGAGGUGAGAUGUUAGUGUGGUACUGGCUAUUACAGGAUAGAUCUAUAUUACAUCACAAAGACAGUAUCAGAGGUGAGAUGUUAGUGUGGUACUGGCUAUUACAGGACAGAUCUAUAUUACAUCACAAAGACAGUAUCAGAGGUGAGAUGUUAGUGUGGUACUGGCUAUUACAGGACAGAUCUAUUUUACAUCACAAAGCCAGUGUGAGAAGUGAGUUCCUAAACAAAGUCGUACAGUUACAUGACAUGACAUGACAUGACAUGACCAAGUCGCUUUAGCUGAUGAGGCAUUUUUUAAUGAGGUGUCGUAAUGACCGUAUGUCAACAUAUGACACUCAAUCAAACGUGUCAGCACGUAACAUUCAAUUAAGCAUGAGAGCGUAUAACGCUCAAUCAAGCAUACCAGUACAUAAUAUUCAAUCAGUCAUGUCAUUACUUAACAUUCAAUCAAGCAUAUCAGCAGUUAAAUUCUAUCAAGCGUAUCAGCAGUUAAAUUCUAUCAAGCAUAUCAGUGCAUACCAUUCUGUCAAGCAUAUCAGCACACAACAUUCAUUCAAGCAUUUCAAAAUCUUUAUUUGUGAAUUAUUCACUUCCUUACACAAUGCCUUACAUUAGUAGGAAACAAACUCAUCACAAUGACGUGCUGAUGUGAGCAGAAUUCUUUCAUUGACUUAGACAUUCAUUUUGAUUCAUUUUGAUUCAUGUUAUACAAAUUUGCAUGUAUUUCAGCUGCCUCUGUUUACAUUCGUAACUCUUCUGUUUGCUACCACAACAUACUGGAUGAUGGGUAAGUCAGUUAAUAUGAUGGGUAAGUCCGUUAAUGUGAUGGGUAAGUCAUUUAAUAUGAUGGGUAAGUCAAGUAAUAUGAUGGGUAAGUCCGUUAAUGUGAUGGGUAAGUCAUUUAAUAUGAUGGGUAAGUCAAGUUAUAUGAUGGGUAUAUAUAAGUCAUUUAAUAUGAUAGGUAAGUCACGUAAUAUGAAGGGUAAUACAACUAUACAUAUCACUCGAACUUUAUGCUCCUAAGUCAUAUAAAAAUAAGAAAGCACUGUCCAGCGGAUGUAUUAAUUUAUAUGGGUAAAAAGUCAAUUUUUCAUGAUAAAAAAACAGAAUUUAAAAGACCCAGAGUUUUAUGAAACAAAAACCACAGACUUUCCUGUCAAUUAUCCAGAUUGCUGAUGGGUUAAAUGUGUAAUCAUGGUGUUUUCUAAUCUCUCAGGUUUUAGGGAAACAUUUGAGGCGUAUGUCAUCGCUUGUGGCAUAACAUUGGUGGCUGGCAUUAUAUCCGUCAAUGUUGGUAAGUAAUGGUGUCAUCACGUCUGUCAAUGCUGGUAAGAAAUGCUGUCACGGGUGGUGAAUUAUGAUGUCAAUGUUCCAAAGUAAUGAUGCAAAUGUUAUAAAGUUAUCCUGUCUAUGUUGUUAAGUUAUGAUGUCAAUGUUGGCAAGUUAUGAUGUCAAUGUUGGUAAGUUAUGAUGUCAAUGUUGGUAAGUUUACUUUUUGCGGACCAUGUCUCACUUAUUGCGGACCAUGUCUCACUUAUUGCGGACCAUGUCACACCUUUUACUGACUAUGUCUCACUUGUCAACUCCUUGUUUCUACUAGAUUGGUAAAUUCAUCAAGUUCUUUCACACGUUGAAUUACGUCGUACUAAUAUUGAAUCAACUCAAGUUUUUUUUUGGUCACAAUAAUAUCUUAUAAUUAGAUCAGGCUGUAAAUUCCAAAGACAAAUGCAUAUAGCGCAGACAGAAAUCAAACACAUCCAGCUUCCACAAAGUUCCAUUCACGACUGUCAGACUAAUAAAGCGUACGUCACAAUACGGACUAGACAAUAUGUCAUAAUGAGCAUACAAAUACGUCACCAAGUCAAGCACGGGAAGAGUGUUCACUAAAUAAUAAAACGCUCAAACACACCGCGUGUAAGGAAAUAUAAUAUUAAUUCGCAACAAUUAUUAUUGAAAUUCCAUACUCGAAAUCACCUUUUACUGAUCAUGUCUCACUUUUUAUGGACCAUGUCUCACUUUUUACGGACCAUGUCUCACUUUUUACGGACCAUGUCUCACCUUUUACGGACCUUGUCUCACUUUUUACGGACAAUGUCUCACCUUUUACGGACCAUGUCUCACCUUUUACGGACCAUGUCUCACUUUUUACGCACUAUGUCUCACCUUUUACGGACCAUGUCUCACUUUUUAUGGACAAUGUCUCACUUUUUAUGGACCAUGUCUCACUUUUUACGGACCAUGUCUCACUUUUUACGAACCAUGUCUCACCUUUUACGGACCAUGUCUCACCGCGCUGUACAUGCAAAUUUUACCAAACAUAGUAAUGACUUAAAAAAAUAACAUAUAUUUUAAAAAAAAACAGCUGUAUAACAACAAAACAAAAACAAGUGUAUAUUCACCCCACCCACCCCAGAACUUUUACACAUCAAGCCAUGGGCGGCACCCAGCUGCAUCGUUUAUCGGUCAGAGGGUGGAAUCAUUCGGGAUAGUAGAGUUUAAAGAGAUGUGUUUUGAGUUCAGUUCUCAAGGCCUGGGUGGUCGGUAGAUUGCGGAUGUGGAUUGUGAGAGAAUUCCAUAGGGGGGGGGGAGCAGAACGAGAAACAUCGAUCACCGUAUGUUUUAGUGCGUGUCUUGGGAACGGACAGAGUAUGCGUGUCUGCGGAAGAGCAAAGCUGUCGAAGGGGUGAAUGGACAGAUAGAAGUUCGGUUAGAUAAAUUAUACUGUGCUGUUGGCGAUAAACUUUUAGUGAACUAACUAAGCUAGUCUCAAACAAGCAACAAACCUAUGUGUAUGGUGUUCUUAAACGCUAUGAGAAAAAUCUCGAAGUAACUCCUGGCAAGCACCACUGUCUCAGUUUACUAAUACCGCUGUCUCAGUUCACUAGUAUCACUGUCUCAGUUCACAUUUACUUCUAAUAUUUUUUUAAAAACAUCUUUCAACAGGCUAUUUGAUAUCUGUGAUAACAGGGGACACAACUUUAGCCUUGUCAGUCACCUCCCCUGCCAUCAUUCCUUUUCUGCUGUUUGGUGGUGUCCUGUUGAAUCCAGAGUAAGCCAUCUUCAUCAAAUACCUAACUUUGGGAUGAACUAUUCGCUUUUCUUAGGAUAAUAUAACUAACUAUUUAAAAUAUAUUAUCAUUCAUGUGGAUGUCCAUGUUCAUUCCAGCUCCACCCCCGACUACUUCAUAUGGCUGGAGAAACUCUCCUGGUUCAAGUACUCGUAUGAGAUUCUAAUGGUUAACCAAUGGGAAGAUUACGAUUACAUUGGUGAGAAUAACCAAUCAAAAUAAUGAUUACACUUACAUUCACUUCAAAUGCUCGUCAGUCUGGGAUGAAAAUGAUGAAAUAUAAAAUACUAUUUUUUUCUUGAAAACACAAGAAUGUAAAUGUAAACAAUUAAAGGUAUUUAGAGAAUUAAAAAAACAAAAAAUUAUAAAAUGUAGAUACAAUUUACUUGAAAGGAAAUAUUCAUGAGAGGAUUUAGUCAAGCUUUCGGCCAAUCCGCUCGUCAUGUGGGUUUUGCUCUAUAAUUUAGCUUUCAUGUUGCUCUUUUUUGUAUAUCUCAGUGUUAAAAUGUAGAGGUCCAUAACGCAAGCUCUACAAUUAUAAUUUCCACUAAAGCAGUUCAUCGGCACAGUCUGCUUAUUCUGAAACAAUUGCUUAUACAAACAAUAAGUGUUUUAAACAAAUUGCUUAUCCUUCCAUUAUUUAAGACUUAAAAGAAUCAUAUUGAAAACAACAUUAAGUUUAUUUAGGAUGGAUUGUAUCAAAGGAUUAUUUUCUUUUAUUAAACUGUCCCCUAUCUCACUCAGAAUGUGAGAACUCAACGGCUAUCUACAACGUCACCGACCAGUGUCCAUCUGAUGAUUGUCUAUUUCGCAGCGGUCAGGACGUCCUAGAUUACAAUAGUUUGGACAAGGUAUGUAGAACAACUUUAAUGCAACAUAGAUUUCUCAUGAAACUUUUAGGUUAGAGCGCAAAAUGAUGAUGGCAUGAUUAAAGAAACAUUAAACAAUUAUUUUAACCAACAAUGCAGCCGUUAGGAGAAGAUAGCAAAUUUUCAUCUGUAUCUGUUUACAAUGUUAAUAUUUAAAAAAAAAAACGUUGCUUUUUAAACGUUCAAUUUUAGGACAAUAUUGGAGAAGAUUUGGGUAUCCUUGGAGCUUUGUGGUGUGGCAUCUACCUGCUGUCUCUGAUCUGUCUUAUCAUCAGAGCAAGGCUGUCCAAAGAAUAACUUCACAAUCUGACAUCAAUAUUUAAAACACAUUUGGAAACUAUGUUACUUUAUAAUGUCUUGGUGAAAGACCUAACCAGUUAAAAAUACUAUGUAAAAUAGAAAUGUAUGUAAUAUUUUUAGAUUUAAAAUGGGUUUGAAAUGUGUACAAUAACAUUUGACGUGAAAUAAUGCAAUCUUUGGCAUGCGUAAAGCUUAGAGCAACUUGAAUGACGUUAACUAGAAUCAGUAAAUAUUUUGCAUUUUCAUUUGUCUUUAAAUUGUUUUUUUUAAGGAAUUUGUUUGAUGAAUAUAGUUUACAAUGUUUGAUGAAUAUAGUUUACAAUGUUUGAUGAAUAUAGUUUACAAUGUUUGGUGACUAUAGUUUACAAUGUUUGAUAAGACAUGUAAAAGAUGGACAAGAGUUUGUUCAUAAAAGGUUUGUCCUGAAUGUCUGCAAACGUUGGUGUGUAUGCACCGUAGACAAGACAUGGUUGCUUAAAGAUUUGGAUUGAUCUGACAUUUCUUCAUGCAAUUUAGUGUUAGAUGCACGUGCUAGCAAAAAAAACUAUAUUUGAGAUGUAAUGACACAAAAGGGUGAGGAAAGUGGUUGCGCUGUGGUCGGCUAUUCGUCUCGAAAGUCGAAAGUUCCAAACCUUUACGUUUCGCCUUGUAAUUGCUUAUACGUGUCACCCUUAAACUGGCCAGGCGCAAACACAAGUGAUGAUCAACUAUGUAUUUCCAAUUGUGAAUGUUGUUUCACUGAGUAGCUGGAAUGUCAGGGAUAUUUAAAAUAAAUACUAAUCAAAUGCGCGUGUGUGUUCACUGACAGCUUCGUGCCAUCACAUACAAUAAGACUGGUCGGCUGGAACGUGAACGGUCAAGGAAAUGAAAUGGGGUCAACGGAAUUUUUGUGUUUAUUUAAAUUUUUGCCUAGAAGAUGCGAAAGAAAAAUGUGGAAAAAAAUAAAUACUUUGGAUGAAAUGAUUUUUCUUGGUUUCUUUUUGAUG